AUGACGCUCGCCGUUGAUCUGCUUAACCCCACCCCCACCGCCGAGGCACGCAGGCACAAGCUGAAGCGGCUCGUGCAAUCACCAAACUCGUUUUUCAUGGAUGUCAAGUGUACAGGGUGCUUCGCUAUCACCACUGUGUUCUCCCAUGCUCAGACGGUCGUCGUCUGCGCUUCAUGCCAGACAGUUUUGUGCCAGCCAACAGGAGGCAAGGCUCGGUUGACUGAGGGCUGCUCCUUCCGCAAGAAGGCGUAA